AUGCUAUUUAUUUGCAGAAAGUGUAACACAAGAGUUGAAGGUGAAACAAUAUUUGUAUUUGGAUAUCACUACCAUCCAAAUUGUUUUGUUUGUGUUAGUUGCAAUUGUAGUUUAUCAGAUGUCUAUUUUGAAAUUGAUAAAUUACCAUAUUGUGAAUUGGAUUACAAAAAACCAAGACCAGGUGACCCAACAAAUGUUCCAGUGUUAAAGAAAAAACCAUUUUCAAAACCAGUUGAUGCUUCAAAUUUACCAAGAACCUGGAAUAAUAGUGUAAAACCAACAAAUAAUAAUAACAUUAAUAAUAAUAAUAGUAAUAAUUCAAAUAAUAAUAAUAAUAAUAAUAAUAAUAAUAAUAAUAAUAAUAAUAGUAAUUUAAAUAAUACUACAAAUAAUAGUAAUAAUAACAACAAUAAUAAUUCAAAACCCAACUAUAAUCCAUUAACUAGUUUUGGCUCAAAUAAUCUUAAAAAAAGUACUAGUGUUGAAAACAAUUUGAAAUCUUCAAAUGGUAUUUCUAGUGGUGGCGGCAGUGGUAGCGGUAGUGGUAGUGGUAGUGGUAAUCCUGAAUUAAUGUACAUGGAAAAGAAUGGUGCUGAUCAACAAUCUAUUCCUGUUGUUUUAGAUUCAACUAAUAAAAACAAUAAUAAUAACAAUAAUAAUAGUAAUAACAAUAACAAUAGUAAUAAUAAUAAUAAUAGUAAUGAUAGUGAUAAUAAACAAACUCCUGUAAAUGUUUAUUCAGCUUCAAUUGAAAAUCAAAUAAUAGAACCAAAACAUGGUAGUUUAAUUAAUGAUGGAAACAAUUCAACAAAAUCAAAAUCAAACUCCAAUACUGGUGUUCCAAAUAACUCUACUCAAUACAAUGCAACCCCAUCUCCUUCUUCAGAGGUGGUCAAUCAAUUUGUUGUUGUUGAAUCUGAUAAAGGUCAAAACCCAACCAACGCAAAGAGAUCAAAUUCUUUUGGCGACUCUUUAGAUGAUAUUAUCUCGUCAAUGGAAAUGAUACCAAAGAAUAAUGUAAGCACUGGUUCAAAUGUUUUCAAUAUUCAAGAUGAUGAAAAAUUCAAAGAAAUUCAAUUAAAAAAACAUAACGAAAAUAAUAAUAAUAAUAAUAAUAAUAAUAAUAAUAAUAAUAAUAAUAAUAAUAAUAAUUAUAAUUAUAAUAAUAAUAAUAAUGGUGAAAAUAACCAAAAUAAUUCAAAUAAAAAGCAACCACAUAUUGGAGGUGGUGAAAAUUUAGAUGAACAAGUUGAUAUUAAAAUUAACAAAUGUAAUGAAGUAAAUGAUUCAUAUCAACCAAGUAAACCAUCAGUUGCAAUUUAUUCCUCUAAUAAUAAUAAUAAUUUAAAACCAGGGAAUAUUGCUUAUGGAAAUAAUAGUCAAUCAUCUGAUCCAAGUGAACCUGUUGUAAUUGGAGAUCAUAGAUCAAAUUCACCAAGAACUAAAUCUCAAUUAGAUUUAAAUCAAUAUCAACCAACACCAAAUGUUGGAAAAUCAACUCAACCAACUACUACAACCACUACUACAACCACCACAAGUACAACAAAAACUUUACCAAAUAAAGAUAAUGACAACCAUCUACAUGGUCAUGACCAUCAAAAUGAUGAUAAUAAUAAUUCAUCGUCAGAUUCUUCAGAUAGUGAAGACGAUUCUGUACAUGAUUCAUCAUCAAGUAGUGAAGAUGAAUCUGACCAUGAAAGAAAACGUAAAGCUAGAAAAGAAAAGAAAAAACAACAAAAACAAUUAAAACAUAGACAAGGUCACCAUAUUCAUAAUCAUGAAGUUGGUGGUGGUGGCGCUGCUGUUGUUAUUGAUAAUGACAAUGAAAACCCUGAUGAUAAAUCAAAAUCAAAGAAAGGUGGUCUUCAUUUAGAUGUUGAUUUUACAUUUGGUAAAAAAGAACAUCACCAUCAACAACAAAAAGAACAUGAUGAUGAUGCUGAAGAAGAACAAGCAAAAGUUAAAUAUGUUGAUAAAGGUGUUCAAGCUGGUUCUGAUUUAUCAAUUUCAAAUCCAUCAGGAACAAUGAUUGUUGAAGAUAUUCAUACAGCAAAAUUAAAAGAAAAUGAUCACCAUGCUCAUCCAAAUCCACUUGAACACUCUCACCCACAUCAAUCACAUUCUCAUUCCCAUUCCCAUUCUCAUCCACAACAUCCUCAUUCUCAUCCACAACACCCUCAUUCUCAUCCACACCAAUCUCACUCCCAUUCACAUGCACACUCACAACCAACAACUACAGUGCAACCACAACAACAACAACAACAUUCACUUUCAACUGUUGUUCACCCACAUAAUGCUACUCCAUCACAUCACCAUCAUCAUCAACAUUCUCACUCUCAACCUCACUCAUUUGAUCAUAAUCAACACCAACAUCAACCUCUCCAACAUCACCACCAUACUCAUUCUCAACCAAUUAGUAUUCAACACCAACAUAUUGAAAAUAAGCAUAUUGAUUCUCCAAUUCAACAUCAUGUUUCUCAUAAUAUCAAAAAUUCUCAUCAUCAGCAUCAACAUCAGCAUCCUUCUCAUUCUGAUGAACCAAUUGUUCAACAACAUGUUCAAGAAACAACAAAAACAACUACCACACAAUACAAACCACCCCAAUCAUCAAUUCAAAAUAAUAAUAAUAAUAAUAAUAAUUUAAUAAUUGAAGAUUCAACUCACCAUAGUCAUAAUUUACAUAAUAAUAAUGGUAGAGAUGGUAUUAAAAGUUAUUCAAAAACAUUUAUUACUGAUGAUCCAAAUUAUCAUCAAAAUCAAAAUCAAAAUCAACAUCAUUCACAUCAACAUCAUUCACAUCAACAUCAUUCACAUCAACAUCAUCAUCAUCAACAUCAACCAUAUCAACAACAACAACAACAAAUUAAAGUUGAUAGUUUACCACCACAAAGACCAAAAGAAAAAGUAUACACACAAACAAUUACAACAAUUGUUUCAUCAGGUAAAAAUUGUAAAAGAUGUAAACUUGAAAUAUUUGGUAAUACAUUAAUAAAUCAUUUACAAGAGACCUAUCAUCCAGAAUGUUUCAAAUGUUCAAAUUGUUUCUCAUCAAUAGUUGAUCCAUAUUUCACUGAACCAUCAACAAAUAAAAUCUUUUGUGCAAAAUGUCAAAUCGUUUUAAAUGAUUUAGCAAAACCAAAAAGAGAUUCAUUAGGUUUCUGUUGUUCAUGUUAUAAAUUUUUAACUGAAGAAGAUGAUAUUAUUGUAAUUGAUAAAGAGAAAUAUCAUAAUAAAUGUUUUAAAUGUUCAUCUUGUAAGGAAGUUAUUAGAGGAAAUAAUUUUAGUAGAGAACAAAUGACAUCAACUUCAAGUAACUAUUGUUGUAAUACUUGUUUACACAGUGGUAGAGUUGAUAAAUGUGCUUAUUGUCAUGGUGUAAUUUUGGGUGUAUCAAUGUUGGCAAUGGGUCAAAACUAUCAUCCAAAAUGUUUCAAAUGUUCAACUUGUCAUGUUGUAAUUAGACACAACACACCUUUUACAAUUAAUAAAAAUCAAACUCCAACCUGUCAAAAUUGUAUUAACACUUCAAGUGUUGGUGUUGCUUCAAGAUAA